AUGAAGUCUCAUUGGUUUGUCAUACUGAAUUAUUGCAUUUGUUUAUCUUUGGUACGUUUAACUAUUUAAGUAAAUAGUCUGAGAAUUUCUUGUUUUUAAAUUUAAAAAUUAUAAUUCAACAAUAUCAAGGAUGUUAAAUUAAUUUAAUAUUGUCUGUACAAGCUUUAAUUUCGCCUCGUCUUGUUGAGUUCAUUUAAUGCAAUUUCAGAGGGGGGAAUGAUCAUUAAAUUGUAAAAAGCUCAAAGGCUGACAAAGGAGAGAGGGUUAAAAUCUAAUGAUAUGGUUUCUGAUUAAACCAUGUUAAAAGUUAGUUAAGAGUUCACUCUUUUUUUUUUCUUUGUUAGAAAAUUCAUUGGAAAUUAUUAAAUGGCAUUUAUGCAACCAUUUCAAAUAAGAUGAAAUGUAAUUAUUUUAUUAUGUUAUUUUAUAGAAUCUCAAAUUGACACAAAAUAAUUACAGAAUCACUGGGUACUUAUUCAACACCUUUUUAAAAAAUGUUUUUGGUUUUCUUAAUUUGCUUUGGUGUCCAUACAAAGGGUUUCCUUCAUUUGAAAUGUUAUGGUUGUUGUGUGAUUUUUCUUCUUCUUCUUUUUUGAUAAUAUAAUGUUUAUUUCUUGAUUAUAUUAUUAUCAAAUAUUAAGUUUUCAAAAUAAGUGUUGUGUGCGGAAUUAAAAAUAUAAAAAUAUUAGGAUAAACCUGUUGUGGUGCAAUGACCAAAGAAUACUAAGUCCUUGCAUUAUACUCCGGAUAUCAAAUUCUCUGUACUGUGCAAAAUCAAAAUAAUAACAAACAUUUAGUUUUUUCCAUCAAAAUUGUUUUAAUUCUGACUUAAAAGUUAACUUGUUUUCUUGCUGUUAUUGUGUCUAAGUUCAAUAGUUAUUCAGAAUAAGGCUAGAUCUAAAUAAGUUCUUAAAAUAAAAAUAAAUUUCAAUUUUUAUGGGUUUUUUUGUUUGUAUUUUUUUUAGUGCCACGCUGAUAUUUGCAAAAACCUAACAUAGUAAGUUGUUUUAGUUUAAAAGAGUUUUGGUACUUAUAAUUAAAAACUUACAGCAAUAAAGUCUGGUGUUGACCAUGUAAAUAGCUGAAUUCUAUAUCACUGUUACAAAUAUGUAACUUAAAUUUACUCUUAAACCUUGUUACCAAGCAUUUAUUCUUAUUAAAUUUUAAAAAAAAUCUUGCUGAUAUUUGCUAUGAUCAUAUAUGAAAGUUUCUGCUUGAGAUUAUUCUUGCUUGAAUCUGAUGUUUAAUGUAUUUUAUGGUAUUAUGGAAUAUGGUAAUAGAUACAUUAAAGUUAUUGAUGCUACUUUCUUUGGUGUGCUGACUUUAUUAGCUAAAACAAAAAUGGAUUGGAAGUAAUUAUUAUUUUUAUUUUUUAUUUUUAGUGCUGUGAAACAUGAGACUAAGUUAAACUACUGCAUAGAAUGCAGGAUUUGCCCAGACAACCGAACAAAUUUUCACAGUCAAGCUUGUAAAGAAAAGAUACCCCAAUAUAUCCCAGGACAAGGACAUGCAUGGUGCACAGAUUUAACAUUUCACCUACUUCGUAAGUUCAUAUUCUCACCGCUUUAUAUGUUGAUAUUCUCACCACCUAAUAAUUUCAUAAUCUCACUACCUAGUAAGUUCAUAUUCUUACAGCCUAGUACAUAUUCUUAUUGCCCAGUAAUUUCAUAUUCUCACUUUAAGUUCGUAUUAUAACUGCAUCGUAAGUUCUCACUUCCUAUAAGUUCAUAUUCUCAAUUCCUAUUAAGUUCAUAUUCUAACUGCCACGUAAGUUCUCACUGCCUAGUACAUAAUUCUCACUGCCUUGUAAGUUCAUAUUCCAAAGGUCUAUUAAGUUCUCACUGUUUGGUGCAUUCAUAUUCUCACUGCCUAGUAAGCACAUAUUCUAAAUGCCUAGUAAGAUCAUAUUCUGCAUGCCUAGUAAGUUCAUAUCUCACUGCCUGUUAAGUUCAUAUUCCAACGGUCUAGUAAGUUCUCACAGUUUGGUGCAUUCAUAUUCUCACUGCCUAGUAAGCACAUAUUCUAAAUGCCUAGUAAGAUCAUAUUUUACAUGCUUAGUAAGUUCAUAUUCUCACUGCCUAUUAAACUCAUGUUCUAACUGCCUAAUAAGUUCAUAUUCUAACUGCCUAGUACAUAUUCUCACAGCUUAGUAAGUUCAUAUUCUAACUGCCUAGUAAGUUUACAACAUUUAAUUGCACCUGAUAUUUAAAUUUUUUCAAAAUGCUUUCAGUAAUUAAGGUUAGUUUAUUUAAUACAUACAUAAUUAUCUACCUUUUACCCCGUUGUAAGUCUUACUUUCAGUAAUUAAUGUUAGUUUAUUUAAUUCAUUCAUAAUUCUCUACCCCUAUACCCCAUCAUAAUUCUUCUUUCAGUAAUUAACGUUAGUUUAUUUAAUACAUUCAUCAUUAUCUACCUUAUGCAUCAUCAUGAGUCUUAUCUCAUUCAGUGUUCAAUAAUUUCAUUUAGACAAUAAUUCAAAUAUUUAAGGAAAAUACCUUGUCUUUUAAAUCCUUUUAAAAAAUCAAAGGGAAAAAAAAUUUAAUGCAUAAAAUCUCAAAUUUAACCAUGUUAAAAAUUAAAGAUAUUUUAAAGCGAUUGUGAUUUUCACAAAACCUCUGAUUAUGACUUAAUUUUUUUUUCCUUAAAUAGCUGAUCAAUAGCUGUUUUUAUUCAGUUCUUAAUAAUUCAUAGAGUUUAUAAUAUUAAAAUGUUGAAAUAAUAAAAAGAUUAAGCUGACUCCACUAUAUCUCUAAAACUUUUUUGUAGCAAGGAUGAUAUAAAUGGUGGCUGUUUUUUUUCCUUCUUCAUUUCACAGAUUGCUCAAGCUGGAAUGUAUCAAAUGGGCUAAUUAACUGCACUGACAAUUUUAACAUUAUGUCUAAAUGUAUUGUAAGUUGCCAUAAAGGGUAUACCAUUGUAAACCCUCAAAGUGUUGAAUGUACUGAAUCUCUUCAGUGGAAUGUCAGUGAGUACUCAAGGCCAAGGUGCAACAGAACAGGUUAGUAGAGGAUUCAUUUAACGGUAACAGAAAUAAUUAGCCUAAUUCAUGGAAAUAUAAAUAUUUUCUCAACAUAUAAUAUUUUCUUUUACAUUUCAUAGCUUUUUACAAUUUAACCUAUGGCACGGCUUUUGUUUUAAAUGAUAACUUUGAAGAAUAAAAUCUGAUUUACUAGUAUGUAUAAAGCCAACUAAAUCUACAACGCAAACCUUCAAUGGUUAGCUUAUUUUGCCUACUAGAUAUAAUCUCCCCUUCUGUAGUAUAUUCUAAUCUCCUCACUUACUCAAACGUGAUUAAUAACCUAAUCUAAAGUGCACUGACCAGGUAGCACACCAUAAAAAAAAAUGAUGGCAUGCAAAGAGAAACUACCAAAUUCAAAAUUGUUAAGGCUGAAAAAUAUUUAUCUUGAGGAUUUUUUCUCUGCCUUUUGGCUAAGAUCAAAGUGUAGUAUCUUUCCCCCAAAAAAUUAUUUUAAAAAUCUCUUAUUCUAUAUUGAAAAUCAUAAAUUUAUAUACCGGUUAUUGAGAAGUACGGUAUUUAUUUUUAAAAGCCAAUUGUUCAGUUGCUCUAAUAUUGUGUGUUUUUUUAGAUGAAUCAACUUUGCAAUAAGAAAUAGAAUUAUGUUUUUGAUUUUUGUAUGAACAUUUGUACUGGUAUCUUCUAAUGUAAUUAGAAGAAAUAACUGUGUGAUAGCUUUAGAUUUAAUUGAUCAUGUAAUGCCAAUCUCUUUAUGAACAGAUCCGCCUGGAGAACCAAAAAUAUCGUCAUCCACUCAGCAUUCAAAGGUCAAGGUCGGUACAACUGUGACAUUGACGUGUGAAAACACCACUAAACUUGUGGGGAAUCCACAGUUUAUCUGGAAAUUCAACAACGAUGACCUCCUUAACAGUAGGACACAACCUGCCUAUCAGCUGGUGUCAGUGAAGAAAACAGAUGAGGGGAG